AAGUCAUAGCAUUUUCCAACUCGUUUGCUGAGCUGUCCCGAGCAGCUCCUGAAGUUUUCAGAAGAACUUUCAUCGGUUGUUUCUAAAGUUGUGUAAGUCUAGGGAGAUGCGGUGGAGUAUGGAGGUGCUGAGAGUGUGUGUGGCGUGUCUGUCGCUGUGUGUGUGUGUGAUCAGCGCGUUCUCUCAGUCUCUGGACGGUGACUUUACCUUCAGUCUCCCCGCCGGACGCAGAGAGUGCUUCUUCCAGACCAUGAAGAAAGACGCUUCGCUGGAGAUCGAGUACCAGGUUCUGGAUGGAGCGAGUCUAGAUGUGGACUUCUACUUACAGUCGCCCAGCGGUCACAUUAUAGCCACUGACCACAGAAAGUCUGAUGGGGUUCAUACAGUGGAAACAGAAGAGGGAGACUACAUGUUCUGUUUUGAUAAUACAUUCAGUGCAGUUUCUGAGAAGGUCAUUUUCUUUGAGUUGAUUCUGGACAAUAUGGGGGACGGCGAGGAAUUGGAAGACUGGAAAGCGUACGUACAGGGAGCAGACCUUCUGGACAUGAAGCUGGAGGAUAUCAUGGACACCAUCAACAGCGUGAAGUCUCGACUGGGAAAGAGUCUUCAGAUCCAGACUUUGCUGAAAGCCUUCGAAGCCCGCGACCGCAACCUGCAAGAUAGCAACUAUGAGCGGGUCAACCUGUGGUCAUGUACCAACCUUAUUGUCAUGGUGAUUGUAUCCGGGGUCCAGGUGUACUUGCUGCGCAGCCUCUUUGAUGACAAGAAAAAGACACGUACAUAGCUGCCUCUACUGCUACUGACUGAAAAACACAAACACACACACCCCUCUGUCUGUCUGUCCUUAACUCCUCCGUUUACUCCCAUUAAGUGUCCUUGGACUGAUAAUAGCUGGAGUCUCUCCUCCUCCACACCUUUUCAUGUCUCAAGACAAUCAUUUUCUACUUGACUAAGCCGAUAAAAUGAGAGCUGGAAGUUGAUCUCUAAGCUGCUGCUGUGUGACCGAUCUAACCCGUGUUAAAUCUAGAUUAUUAGACUAGUUUUGUGUUUUGUGUGAUGUUUAGUUACUGAAUUUUUCCAGGGACUGAUAAGAAUACACUGAUAUGUGGCACCUUUCGUAUUUUUGUAACAAACCAGCAAAGAAUUUUGAAAUGGCGCUAUUGUAAAGCGUUUAUGAGCCGAAUCUUGUCUGAUUAAAAUAUUGAGUGUUUAUUCAUAUGUUAACCACACCUACGCCCAUUUUCUGUUUGCUUUACCCAUCUGUUACUGAUAAUUUUAUGUAGAGACGCACCCAAUACAUUGAUGCUGUGUCCCUUUUCUUAACAAUUUUUAAUUGUAAUUUACAUUUUUUGUCUGGGUCUAUUUAUUUCAAAAUGCAUAAAAAAUGCAAUUCAUAACUAAAA